CGGCACUUCUUUCAGUUCCUCUCGAAGUAAUAUUGUAUGUACAUCCAAUCGAAUCUUUCCGCCCAGCUUCCGCAUUGAUACCCUUCAAACAAUUCCACAAUGCCUCGUCUCCUCAAGGUGGCAGCGGCCCAGAUGGGGCCUAUCCAUCUUACUUCGAAACGCGAAGAGACCGUCUCGCGGAUGAUCGCUCUGCUGCAAUCCGCCUCCUCACUGGGAGCCCAAGUAGUUCUCUUCCCCGAGACAGCACUCACGACUUUCUUCCCCCGCCAUCUCAUCAACUCGCAGGAGGAACUUGAUUCUUAUUUCGAGCACUCAGAACUCCAUGAGUCGGCCAAUACCAAGCCACUCUUCGACGAAGCGAAAAAGCUCGGGAUUGACAUCUCAGUCGGCUAUGCGGAGCGGACGCCAGAGGGCAAGGGGUAUAAUACUCAAGUGUAUUACUCAGCCAAGAAAGCAGCCAUCAUUGCAAAAUACAGAAAGAUCCAUUUGCCGGGUACGAAAGAGCCCUUCGAGGACCCAAACGCUGUCAACCAGUUGGAGAAGAGGUAUUUCGAACCGGGUAACUUGGGAUUCAAGGCUUUCCGAGUACCGGAUGUCAUUGAGGGUGUGAGUAAGAAGGGUAGUGGUGAGGCAGCACCCGGGAAGGGGGACCCAAUUAUGGGGAUGAUCAUUUGCAAUGAUAGACGCUGGGCCGAAUCGUGGAGGACUUAUGGUCUUCAAGGAGUUGAAGUUGUGCUCUGUGGCUAUAACACAGUCGGUUGGGCACCAGACUUAUGGGGAACCAGGAAACCGAUGACGCCGCAGCAGGCAGAGGAAGAGGCCUUGUUCCAUCAUAAGUUGGUAAUGCAAGCAAACUCGUAUAUGAACAGCUGCUUCUCGAUCAGUGCUGCCAAGGCUGGCCUUGAGGAUGGGAAGCACGAUUUGAUUGGUGGUAGUUGUAUCACCUCACCUGAGGGACACAUAUUGGCGGAGGCAAAAGGAAAGGGUGACGAGAUCGUAUUUGCGGAAAUAGACCUGGAGGAUUGUAGACAAGGAAAGGAGAAGACUUUCGACUUUGACCGACAUCGCAGAAUUGAUUCAUACGGCCUCAUUACUCAACAGACAGGAAUCGUGGAACCAGAACUUCUGUGAGAGGGUGGGUGACAGUAGGGGCUACAUAUUUUGUCGAUAAGAG